UGUCUAAGCUGAAUAAUUUUUCCGUUUUGCUAAGUCUUAAUCAGCAAUUGUAGCUACGCAAACUAAGAGAAGGUUAAUUAGGCCUACAUGGCUACACAUGUGGUACGUUUGUAUUAAAGUUGAGAUAGAUAAUGAUUAAGAUAUUUGUUAAAUAAAAUUGGGCCCUAAAUGAGAUUGUGGAUAUAAAAAAUGAAUAAAAAAUUGUUAAAAAAAGGAAUAAAAGUGAGUAGAAUUAGAAAAACAGAUGAAAAUGAUAAUUAGAAAAAUGAGUAAGAAUUAGGAAAACGGAUGUAGUAGUAAUUUUGGCAGUCUAUCGAUAAUUAAAAUUUCUCACCUCCUCUCUCGAGUAAUGGAAAUCAGGGGUUAUUUAUAGACACAAAAUAUGAGUCUGCGAUGAAUCAUACAUAAUCCAAUACAUGAAAUGACUAGACCCGCCUGUUUAAGAUAUGAGCCAAUAUGAACCGUUCCUUAACCAGAUAUGACUUAUUAACAAUCAAAUAUAUGCCACCGACAUUGAAUAUAACCCGAUCCCAUUACAAACUCACCUUUUCACCCAAAGCGACUGAUAAUUUAAUAACCAAUGGACGAAACAAAUAAAGUUCUUCGUUUUUGUUGUUGUUUUUUUUUUUUUUUUUUUUUUUUUGGGGGGACAUUCUUCGUUUAUGUUUUUUUAAAAAAAAAAAAAGUAUAUUUUGUACUAAAAGGCUUAUCGUUAUGAAUUGAAUAUAACAUAGGUGCUAGUUAUUGUUGUCAAUAUUCAACAUAAUACUACCCCAAAAAAAAAAAAGUCCGUCUUGAAAAACAAGAAAAAGUAAAAGCUCACCUCCUAAGCAGGCAAGCUUACAUUUGUAUAAAUCCUUGUUUGAACCAAAUAAUUUAUAAACAAUAAUUAUUGUUAAGCAGAAUAAAAGACUAGAGAAGAUGCAACCUUUGAUGGAGGAAGAAAGUAUCAUACACCAAGCCAUGCAACUGACAACCGCAAUUGCAUUACCUAUGGCAUUGAAGGCUGCCAUGGAUCUCGGUCUUUUCGAGAUCAUGGAGAAAGCAGGACCCAGUGCUCGUCUUUCACCUUCCGAUAUUGCUGCCCGUAUUGCACUAGAUACGAACAAUCACUACCGAACAUCACAGAUGACAGAUCGUAUCCUCCGCCUUCUCAGCUCAUACUAUGUUGUGUCUUGCUCUGUUGCUGAUGAUCAUGAGCAUAGCCAUACUGAUGGUCAAGUCCAGAGGCUAUGCGCUUUAGCUCCGCUUUCAAGGUACUUCCUUCAAAGCAAAGAUGGUCAAGGUUCUUUAGCACCGAUGUUCAACAUGAUCCACGACCCGUUCAUGGCAAACGUUUGGUAUCACAUGAAAGAUGCAGUUCUUGAAGGGGAAGUUCCACUGGCAAAAGCAUAUGGCAAGGAUCCCAAGGAAUCUAUCGAGAAAGAUGAAAGAUUUGCUUCAAUCUUCUUUGAUGCCCUGAAAGAGUUCAAUACCUUGUUUAUAAACAAGAUUCUGAACGAGUACAAAGGAUUCGAAGGCCUAGAAUCGGUUGUGGAUGUAGGGGGUGGAAAUGGCUCUAUACUUAAAGCAAUUAUAUCCAAGUACCCAGCUAUUAAAGGCAUCAACUUCGACUUGCCACCCAUAAUUGAGAAGCAACCCGUUUGUGCUGGCAUCGAGCAUAUUGCAGGCAACAUGUUCACAACCAUUCCAACAGGAGAUGCAAUAUUCAUGAAGUGGGUACUAAAAAAUCUAGACGACGAACAGUGCUUGAACGUGCUUAAGAACUGCUUCAAGGCGUUGCCAGAUGGUGGCAAACUCAUGACUGUGGAGCUUGUAAUACCAGAUAUCCCAGAUAGUAACAUUAGCAGCCGAAGUGUGUUUCAGUUUGAUGUGUACCUGACAAAUAUGAAUGCUGGAGGAAAAGAGAGGACUGCAGGAGAAUUUCAGGCACUUGCAAAGGCAGCAGGAUUCUCAGGCAUCCAAGCAAUGGUUCGGGCAUAUGAUGUGACUCUUCUGGAAUUUCAUAAAACUGCUAGCACCAACUAAAAACAAUGCUGUAAAAGUGUUUCCAUGUAUCAAGUAGAAUGUUUAUGCCGAACCACUUUCAUAUGCAAUGUAAGAAUAAAUGGAGAUGGUUCCAUAUGCAACUGUACUCGUGAAUAGACUUUGUAAUUACGAAUAGACUUUUUUCAAUCAGUCAUGCCUGAUUGAUUUUUUUA